GCAGGAGCCCAGCAAUCGUCCAAGAGCAUUCAUCCAGGCCUCGACGAACUGCUCUGAUUGACCGUCAGCGAGCGAUUUGACUGCUCCAUUGCAGGACGAGCACGUACAAGAGUUUCUUGGAUCGCGACCUCUUUUUGUCGGCAAUACAGUCUCGAUACCUUCUGUGAAGGUCCGGCUGCGGUAUACCCUCUUGGAUUCCGCGCACCGAUAAGUACCCAUUGUCGGCAUUCGGCCCGGCGAUCCCCCCCGAAUAUAUCAACGAAACAGCAACAUGGAGCAUUCAGACAACUUGUCACGUCAGUGGACUAAUCCGCAGCAGCACGGCGGAGCACGGUAUCCGCCACAAACGUCCCCGAACCACCGCGUUCACCAUCCACCUCCCCCACAGUACCGUCCGCACAGAAUGCAAUCGGAUCCGGCCAUAUAUUCUCAAGCAUACACCACCCGGCCACCCCCUCAACACCCAGUAUCAGAGCAUCACGUGCCUGGAGCAGGAUUCAACGCGAUGAAUGCUGGAGCAAGUCCGACCAGGAGGGCUGACGUCCCCUAUGACUACAACGACGGACCAUACCAAGCUGCAGCAGAAUACAACGCACGCCUGAACCACGGACCAAAUACGCAAUCACCACGAAAGGGAGCAGUCCCAUCGCAUCUUGACUUUAACUUCAUGCAUUCAUCCGGCUCCGGGAUGCCGAACUCGCCGGACAGAAUGUCAUUAUCGCCUAUGUCUCCUGGCACAUCACCAUACUACGCCCGCGACAAAGCAACAUCAACGAGUCCUGGCUUCGCACCACCGCGGAGUCCAAGAGGACAGGGCUACGCUCCAAAAUUGAGCUCUACCGAGCAGAGACGGAGCAACAGGAUGACACCAGACAGGGACGUCUUCACCCCCCUGACACCAAUCGCCAGAACAGAAGGACCGCCUCGUUUCAAGAGAGUCAGCGAAGAAGGACUACGUCCCAUCAAAGGCCGCGGCGUAGGUCGACGUGCCCGCCCCGAAGGAGGGUUGGUUAGCCCGCUCCAGGCGCUGACGAUGCACCUUACCACCACAUACGGAAUUUGCAACCCCGGUUUCUCGUACGAAAAUUCGAAGAACCCAAGGAGGGUGUUGACGAAGCCGAGUAAGGGAGUAAAGAACGAUGGGGCGGACAAUGAGGAUUCGGAUUACAUCCUUUAUGUGAACGACAUUUUGGGAGCCGAUGAUCAUGCGAAUCGCUACCUCAUCCUUGACAUUCUCGGGCAGGGUACUUUCGGCCAAGUCGUCAAAUGCCAAAAUAUGCGCACACAAGAACUCGUCGCCGUCAAGGUGGUCAAGAACAAGCCAGCUUACUUCAACCAGUCCAUGAUGGAAGUCACUAUCCUGGAGCUCCUCAACAACAAGCUUGACCCCGCGGACGAACACCAUAUCCUCCGAAUGAAAGACACGUUCAUCCAUAAGCAGCACUUGUGUCUCGUCUUUGAGCUGCUGAGCGUCAACCUGUACGAAUUGAUCAAGCAGAAUCAAUUCCGAGGUCUGAGCACGAAUCUCGUGAGGAUGUUUGCGGGGCAGUUAUUGGAUGCCAUGACGGUCCUGAAUGAGGCGAAGUUAAUACAUUGUGAUCUGAAACCAGAGAAUAUUCUGUUGAACAGUUUGGAGUCGCCUACGAUCAAGGUCAUUGAUUUCGGAUCGGCGUGUCACGAGAAGCAGACGGUGUAUACGUACAUCCAGUCGCGGUUUUACCGAAGUCCGGAGGUGUUACUCGGGUUACCUUAUUCUUCCUCGAUAGAUAUGUGGUCGCUCGGCUGUAUCAUGGUUGAGUUAUUCUUGGGACUCCCAUUGUUCCCUGGUAGCUCGGAGUAUAACCAGGUUACACGAAUAGUUGAAAUGCUGGGUCUCCCACCGCCAUGGAUGCUCGAAAUGGGCAAGCAGUCCGGCGAGUUCUUCGAACGCGUGAUAGACAAUUACGGUAACAAAUCUUACCGGUUGAAGAGCUUGGAACAGUAUUCGGCGGAACACAGUACGCAGGAGCAGCCAAGUAAGAAGUACUUUUCGGCGACAACGUUGCCGGAUAUUAUCAAGACGUAUCCGAUGCAGAGGAAGGGUGCGAGUCAGGCGGAAAUUGAUAAAGAAAUGCAGAACAGGCUAAGUUUUGUCGAUUUCGUUUCGGGAUUGCUCAACAUCAAUCCUCACGAACGUUGGUCGCCUCAGCAGGCGAAGAUGCACCCGUUCAUCACGGGAGCUAGGUUCACGGGAAGGUUCACACCGCCUAUGAAUGUACGAUACCCCACACAGCCAGCAACCACAAGGCAGCAUCCGGUGAGUCAGUUACCUCCGCCGCCUACACAACAGCAGAUGCAGAAAUUCCAGGAGCAGCAGUAUCUUGCUCAUCAACAACACACGUACGGAGGUGCCGCAACCGCCCUCCCAACUGCGAACGGGUUCAGUUCGCCAUAUCAGGGCCAGGUGCCUGUGUUACACGCUUCGCCUGACAGGCACGCAUACGGCCAGAAGCCGUCUUACACCACCUCCGGGACCUCCUCAGCGAUGGCGUACACACCGCACCAUACGUCUCCUGGUUACAACAACGCAUUUACUCCCGCCGAUAUUGUGGCGAACCACAAGCCACGACAUCACGCAUCGAAUCGUGCACGUGCACAGACGAUUGUGGACAAUGUACCGCCGCAGAUUCAGCGCGUCAUGGGACAGUUGAACCCAGGGCAGGCUAUCCCGCCUAGUCCGGCGUACUUCCCUACGCACGAGGUGUCCAGUACUGGAGUUAGGCAGAGGCAGAGUCAGUAUGGGAUGCAGGAGUAUCCGGAGGAAGCGGGAGAGGGGAUCUUGCCUCAGUUUUGGCGGUCGUAGUUGAGGAGAUUGCAGGAACGUGUUUAUGUACGAUUACUGAAACGAGAGAAGGACGCCGUGUCCGCUGCUUAACACGCAGUAUCUAUACCCAAGGGCAUAUUGAGCAGAUGUUGACGAGGAGAUAUGCGCGUUUGGAGGCGAAGGAUC